UAAUGUCACUAACAAAAUUACCCAUAAAUGACAAUGAUUAUAAAUAAUCAGGAUCUCAAUCUAUUCAAAAUGAUGCUACUUUACUUCCAAAGAGAGAAUAUAAAAUGAUAUCAAAGGAGAAAAAGACUUAGUUGAUUAGAACUGUUCUUCUUUAGAAAUGCAAAAUUAAACGAGUACUCAAUAUUAUUAUAUUCCCUUUAGAUUGCUAAGGAUCUUAACAUUAAUUAUGCUACAGCUAAAACCAUACUACAUAAUUACAGAAAAAAAAAUAUAUAAUUAGACCAAAGAGAACAACUCUAAUAAGCGUCCUAUUCAAAUACUAAAAAAUUCUCAAAAUUGAAUCUCAAAAUAAUACUGAAUGAUAAAAUAAUAAAAGAACAGGAAUACGUAAUACCCACAUUCUGA